AUGAAUUUUUUAUGGUAUUUUUUUCUUUUUUUACAAAUACAAAUCAAAGUUGAAUCAUUAUCUAUAUCGUUUGUUAAUCUCAUUCCAAGUAUUAUUGCAAAUGGUCGAUAUGUUAAAGAAAAUCUCAUUGAUUCAAAUAUUAUUUUUAAUUCAAAAUUUUCACCAAUAAAUAUUGAUUUUACUUUUAAUGCUAAUCAAUCAAAUUGUAGUCGAGAUAUUCAAUUAUUAUCUCGUGAUUUAAUAUCAAAAAAAUUAUGGGCAUUAAAGACAUUAGAUGCUUGGGGUAAAUUACCAAGUGGUUUAAUGCAUGGAAAUAUCUAUUGGAUUGGUUCAGUAUAUGAAUGUCAACAUCAUUUGCGUGGUUUUAAUAAUAGUAUAAUCGAACAACCAUUUAAAACACGUACAUGUACGAUUGGCAAUGGAUUAUCGAAUACAAUUCGGCCGAUUUAUGGUAUUUGUGUACCUCAAAGUUGCAAUACCGAUGAUAUUGUCAAUUAUAUUAAUAAACGUGUUAUUCACAUUCCAUAUAUUAAAGAUUUCGUGAAUCUAACAGAUGAUAGUGUUCAUUGUAUUGAACAUCGUCAAUUAGAUAAAAUGGCUAUUUUAACAAUUAUACUUAUAUCAACAAUUACUUUACUUAUUCUUCUUGCUACUGGAAUGCAUGUUUUUUAUGGACAUAAACAUGAUUUAAAAAUGGAUGAUGCACUUCCAAAUGUAACAAAUGAACCACUUGUAAGUCGAACAACAGUAAUUAAUUCAUUAUCAACACCUAAUCGUACUGAUGAAUUUAAUCAAUCUGUAUCAUCAGAUGAAAUUACACCAUUGAUUGUAAGACCUGAAGGAAAUGUUGAUUCAGUUGCACAAAAUUUAAUUAGUUGUUGUUCACUAAUCAAUAAUUAUCAUAUAUUAAAAUCUAAUAGUUAUCCAAAAAAUCUUGCAUGUCUGAAUGGUAUUCGUGUACUUUCACUUUGUUGGAUUAUUCUUGGUCAUACACUUAUUUUUGCUGUUUAUUAUUCUGAUAAUUUACUGACUAUUUUCAAUUGGUCUCGUAAACUUUGGUUUCAAAUAAUUGUCCAAACAGUCUUUAGUAUUGAUUCAUUUUUCGUGUUAAGUGGUUUAUUAACGGCAUUUACAUAUUUUAUUUCUAAAAUUGAAACUGAAACAUUUUCGAUACGAAAAUUUAUUCUUAAUCAUUAUAUUUAUCAUUAUCUAAGAUAUACACCAUUGUAUGGUAUUAUUUUACUUAUUUAUAUAACUCUUUCGCCAUAUUUGGGUCAAGGUGGACCUAUUUAUCCAAUAGAUGGUAUAGAAUCAUCAUCGUGUCAACGAACUUGGUGGCGUAAUCUGAUUUAUAUAAAUAAUUUUUUUGAUAUGCAUGAUAGUUGUAUGCCGAUUACAUGGUUUUUAGCUGUAAAUAUGCAGUUUCAUUGGAUUGCACCAUUAUUUUUCUUGAUUGUUUCAUGGAAAUGGUUGGUUGGAAUGCUUGUCUGUAUUUCAUUUAUCAUCGUUGAUAUAGUGACAACAUCCGUUAUAGUAUCGAAAAAUAAUUAUGAAUAUGGCCUAUUAAGUGAUUUCUAUUCUGAUGGCUUAAAUUGGUCUAUUACAACAAAUGGAUAUUUGAAUAAUGUCUAUGUUAAACCAUGGUGUCGUAUAGCUCCAUAUGCUAUUGGUUUAGCAAUUGGUUAUAUUCUAUACGAAGUUUAUCAACGUUCAAAUACAGUAUCAUGGAAUUCACUUUUACCACGAUCAACAUUUUAUAGUCGACAUCCUAAUUUUAAACAAGUAUUAGCUUGGACAUUUGCUAUAAUUAUAUUAACACUUUGUGUAUUUGGAACAUAUGGUGAUUAUAAUGGACAUCCAUUAACUCGUCAAAAUCGUAUUGCAUUUCUAACUUUAUCAAGAUUAGGUUGGUCUAUUGGACUUUGUACAAUAAUCAUUGCUUGUUUUGCUGGACAUGGAGGAAUAGCAAAUAGAUUCUUAAGUCGAUCAUGUUUUUAUAAAUUAUCAAAAUUAACAUAUGGAGCAUAUUUAUGGCAUACAUUAGUUAUUUUUGUUAAUUAUCUUGGCCGAGAACAACCAACACAUUAUACAAUUACAAAUAUCUUAUUUAAUUUUGUUUGUUAUACAAUUCUUUCUUAUAUUUUAUCAUUUCUUACUUUUCUUCUUAUCGAACUACCAAUAAUUCAAUUACUUAAAUAUUGCUUUAAGCGUCCUACAAAACUUCAAUGA